AACGGUGGUAUUGUAUAAGCGGCAAGAUUUGAAACAUGUCAAGAGGUUUAGCCCUCGUUGUGGUGCACCAUUCUUUCCCGCUCGGUAGAGAGUGUGAGAGACGGAAUCGCCGCCGGCGGGUGGAAGCAAAGAGGAAUCGGCGGCGGCAGCUAUGGAGGCAGAGACAGAUGUUGAUCUUCUGAAGAGGGCGUGGCGGAACGAGAAGGCGGCCCCAGAGAUCCUUCAAUUCGAGGCUGGCCUCGUUCAACGGGUCAGGGAGCAGAUCCAGCUCCUCGAAGAAACAGUGGAAGAAUUUACCGAGAAUAGAUCAGAUGAUCUUGUCGUGUCUCUCUAUCAAAUGGAUUUGGACCGGGCACUCUUUCUUUUAAGAUCAUACCUAAGAAUCCGUCUACAAAAGAUUGAGAAAUAUAUGAUCCACAUCUCAAAAACAAACCUUUGGAAUCGCCUUUCUGAACAAGAACAAAGGUUUGCCAAGAGAUGCAUAGAUAUUAUGGAAAAUCAUCUCGAACAAACUGUACUAUCAAGACUUCCUUAUGGCUACCAGUCCAUGCUGAAACAAUCUAUUUCAAGCGAAGAGGAUGACAUGGUUCCAGAGCCCCAGCUGGAUACCUUUGUGUUUUGCAAGGCAAAGAACAAUGUGGGAGCUUUCCAGUUGGAUGACAUUAUUAUUGAUAAAAACAUGAUUUUUCUCGUCCCGAAGGGGAGAAGAGAUCAUCGACUUGGUCGCCGGCGAUUUAUAUGUUUUAAGAUACAAGUCUAUGAAGGGUCUGGUCGAUGGCGGCCGCAUCGAUCUUGUUUGACAAAGUAAGUUUUACUUAGUGCUUUUGCUUCUUUUGAUUGUUCUUAUAAAUGUAUGUUUGAUAUAUUUCGAAUACUCUUUUGGGCUAUUUAUUUUAUUUUAUUUUUUGGUGAU